AAUGUUAGAACAAAACACUGUUACACGCCCACCGACUGAAUGCCGCUUUGAAUGGGCGGCGAGGGACAGAGAUGAGGAACUGUGGUAACCGUAGUUCUUCGGAAUUUGCCAUCAUGACAGAGGGAACCAAAAAGUAGGUUUCAGUGGAAGGAUGGAAGGCCACCAUCAUCUGCACCGCUGUGGGAAUGUGUCUUACAAAAUCUCUGGAAGUUCCUGCUGUAAUGAUAAUAUCACUCUGGGAUUAAGCCAGCUGGUGGCUGACUGCUGUGGUUCUGUAGCUUACAAUCCCCUUAAUGAGAUUUGCUGUAGUGGCAGAAUUCUGACUCAAAGCAGCACUAAUGUGAAAUGCUGUGGCAAAGGCAUGUACGUGACAACGACUCAUGUUUGUUGUGGUGGCAACAAUAUAUUACAACGGAAGGAAAAUCAUGCUUGUUGUGGCAAGGAAAUGUUUGACGUGACAACCCACUGCUGCUGUGCUAACCCUGAACUAGAAGUAAAGCCUAAAAAUGAAGCUUGCUGUCCAAAAGCAACAGAUGAAGGAAAAUUUCAGCAAGUCUCUCCUCACACUCGCACAAUCCCCAAAAACUCAGACUUGGAUCAGUGUGGAACAGAAACCUACAAUCCCCGUGAACAAAUUUGUUGCUCAGGGAAGCCGCAUAAAAAGGAAUCAUCACUCACUAAGUGCUGUGGCGUAGAUGCUUACACUCUGUCAGAUGACAAUGUGCUGUGCUGUAAUGGAAUCCUUCAUAUCAAUGUUCCUGAGCACUCAGAGUGUGUUGGAGGUGUUAUAUAUUCUCCAGAAAACACUACUUGCCAAAUGUUGACCCGUCCUCGUCUUGGUGAACACUGCUGUGGAAGACAAACCUUCAAUCCUCACACACAUAUUUGCUGUAAUGGACACAGCCACAGCAAGAAGAAUGGCAAAUUCUGUUGUGGUUCAGAAGUCUAUGAUCACCGCAAGAAGUUCUUGAGAUGCUGCUCAGGUCAUCUCUACAACCUAACCCAUUUACAUGAAAAAGCAGAGUGCUGUGGAAACCUAUUGCUGCAAUAUAACAACAAUCAGACUUGCUGUUCUUCCGCAACCAAUUCCAUCAUUUAUGAAACCAAACCAAACCACCAUUGUUGUGGGCAUUACUACUACAACACUUCCCUGUGGAGCUGCUGUGCUGAACAUCUCAAACCAACACCAAAACCUAACAGCUCUCCUGCAGAAUACAGACUUAAACCACUAAUGGACCUGAUCCCUGAAAUGUGCAAAGAAACAGUGUUCUUUGGCAAAGUGGAAAGUGUGGCACUUAAAAACGAUCAACGUCAUGUUGUGUUGAAAGUUGUUGGGCAGGUCGAUGUAAAAUCAGAAAAGGUCAUCAAAGACCCUUGGCUUCAUGUGUCCCUGGAUCACUGCAGCUCUCCUGCUACAGAAAACAACAUGACCUACCUUUGGGAGCAAAACCACAAUGGAAAGUACAAGCUUCUCUCUCACCCUGUUGACCUAACCUCUGACAUUCACAUGUUCUAUUUUGUAUGUUACCAAAAGAAGGGAUAGACAUGGAUUGGGAUCUAUUUCCUAUGGUUUCCAAAGCAUGCUGGUUUUCAUAGUAUUUCUGUUCUGAAGAGAAUUUGUAUCCUAACACUACUUUAUCAUUAAUGCUAAAUGACUCUAGUAUGUGAAUGGCCACUGUAUUUGAAAGCUAAGAACUUUUAUCCCUUUAAGACAAGUCCAAAGUCUCUACUGUGUGCAGUGUUAAAGCAGAGGCAUCACAUAUCUGUGAAUUUUGCAUCGUUGGUUAAUUUUAUUUCAACCUAAUAAUGGAUUAACACUGUAUGGAGUGUGCAAAAGGGAUAGUUUUCCCAAAAUAGAAAAAGUACUGCUAAUUUACUAAUUUACUCUGCAUUACAUCUUAACCAUUUAAUUCUACAAAAGAGUCACCUAUAUCUUGGAUGGCUUGAGAGCGAGUAAAUUAACAGCAAAUUUUCAGUUUCGGGUUAACUAUUUCAUUAAGCUAUUUGGCUAAAUGUGUCUGCCAAAUUAAGAAAUAUAUUAAAUGAAUAAAUGUAAUCAAUUUUAGUUUUUAGGUUUGUGUAGUUAACAGGAAAAUGUGAAAAUUAGAAUCAAACAGAAAACUUUUUUCAUUUAACCUUUAAAACUUGUUUAAAUCUAAAUUGCUGUGCAAGGCCAGUAUUACUAAACAGGGCAAAUUAGUCAUUCCUAAAUAUCUCAGAUGGGCGUGGGAAUUUCUGUGGGUGAUUUACUAACAAUGCGCAAAUUAUCAUCUCGUUUACAUAUUGACCAACACAAUACACCAAGCGCAAUACAAAUUAGCAUAGUAACAAAUAAAUUAAAAAUAACAUGGGUUGGCAAACAAUAUGUUCAGAUAAUGCGCUUUCUUGGCAUUCCAAAUAAUUAUUUUUGUUGCUGUUACGUGACGUAGUGGUGUCUGACUAGGUGAUGACAUCAUUUCGCAAAAUAUUGAUUGGCUGUCCAAAUUAAACUGCAAGAGUGUCGUUUUCAGAUUUAUACACUCUGGGACGCAG